CUAGUUACAGUUGAUGUUUUCACCGCUACUCGGUUCAAGGGAAAUCCCCUGGCAGUUGUCAAAGUCGACGGCGAAGCUCUCUCCCAUGAGCAUAUGCUGACGAUUACACGAGAGUUCAAGUACUCUGAGACGGUGUUUCUUCGUCAGGCCCAAAAUGACCAGCUCAGUAUGAACAUCUUUACGCCGGCAGGUGACCUGGACUUUGCUGGACAUCCCGUAAUCGGUACGGGCUACGUGCUAUUCCACCAGCUGCUGCCAGGCAUCUCUCUUCCAGAUCCUCUGCCUGAGGCUAUCUCUGUCUCGAUCAAAGCCGGAACGGUUGUACUUCGGUAUGUUCCCGAGAGCGAUACUGUUCUCGCUGAGGUGCCUCACAAUGUGCAUAUUCAUUCCUGUGGCACGCCCAAGCAAAAUAUCCUCGAUACGCAGCCCAACUUGGUUGAUCGGGCAUUUAGGCUAAGCCAAGAUUACCCCGCUGUUUCGAUCGUCAAGGGAGUAACAUAUACCCUCGUCGACAUGUCGGAUCAGGAGGACCUCUUUGCUCGUGUUGCCGCGGGUAGGAGUCAAGACACACCCCUGGAUGAUGAAUGGGCUCCUUCACACACUGGCACCAUGUACUACCGACGCCAAGAGGUGUCCGAUGACAACGGAACCACUGUUGAGCAUCUGCAUGUGCGCAUGAUUGCUAUCGACUUGGGGGAUCCAGCCACCGGGAGUGCAUGCUGUUCGCUGGCGGCGUAUCUGGCUCUCAUGCGGGGAGGAGCGGGCAACUCUCACCGCUUUUACAUGAAUCAAGGGCGUGAGAUUGGUCGUGAGAGUGACAUAAUUGUCGACGUGGUCUUGGAUGAGUCUGGAAAAGGCGUGUUAUCCAUGUUUCUGUCGGGGUUGGCAGCGUUGGUGGCUGAGGCAACCAUUCGAUUGCCUUGA